CAAACGCAUUAAGCGCUAACUUCGCUUCGCUAGAUCCGAGGCAACAAGCGAUAUAAACACCUUCUUUCCCAUGUCGGGCAGGUUUUUCGCUUCUGGUUAUUAGACUUGCCAAAUUAAAGAUCGAGGACCUUUCUAGUUUAAUUGACUUUUAAUUUGUUGUGCCUGAUCGUAAAGAGGUUGUUUGCCAUUGAUACGCGCGCGGUUUUAUUAACACGCUGACAUGGGCGCCUACUGAUUCUCGCUACAAGACACAGCCGAGGGAAGCAGCCGUCGUGAAAAACUGCCGAUGCCGAUUACCUUCUAUGAUUAUAAACGAAUACCCGUACGCAAUGUCACGAUUUCAUGGAAACUUGAAUCGAAAUCUCAACUUCACAACGUCCCUAUCUCGGUACUAGACACGUACUGACCGAUUAUGGCCUUUACUAGGACAUUAUACGUACUUGUGAUUUAGGACGUCUGCACGAGUAUAAAAAUGUUUCAGUGAAGACGUGCGAGGAAGGACGACGACGGCGAAGGUAAAAUGGCUCGUCGUCGAAAGAAUGAGCCGAAAUCGACGACCAAGUCUCCAUCAAAAUUUGUUGCCGUACGAAAGUCUAGCAGGCAGAUAGCAAAGAAGCAACAGCAGCAGUUGGAGGAAAAAAAAGUAAACGGCGAGAUUUUACAAACGUCGCAGACGCAAAAUGAUGUACCUACAUCUGAAGAAUGUCACGGUAGCCAAGAUCAGCAGCCCCGUAAUCAGUCGACAUUUAGAAGCCUUCAUAGUGUGCAUAAGAAAUUUGGAAAAUAUCGCUGUACAUUAUUGGACAAGGAAUCAUCCGGAGAUGCGGUGGACAAUUCUGAGGACGUUGAAGAUAAUUCAGUGUCGAUAGCUAGCCUCAAACAGGACGCGAACGAAAGCGACAGUCAAGACGAUCUUGAAAACGUCCUCGCAACUCCUGAUAAGCUUAGUCCAGAGGAUGUGCGUGAAGUUGUUGUAGGAAAUUCAAACGAAGCAGAGACAGUCCCGAAUGAGGCUUGUGUCUGGCAGGAAGAUGUCAUCGAGGAGACCAUUAUUUGCGAGGAGAUGGAGGUCGAGCCUGACGGUAUCGAUGCCAAUGGAUAUACCAUUGAUCAACAUGAUGGCAGUGUUGUGAUUGAACAAGUUCUUCUUGUAGAUGAGCCUGAUUACGAAGGUAAGGGUGUUGUUGGGUUUGCUGUAAUACAGAAUGAAGAUGGAACAGAAUCUAUGGUAAUGGCAAACGAUAGGGAUAUGCAGUCUGAGCAGGCACAGUAUGCAAUGAAGAAGCAUAACUCUUUGGAGCUGCAAGAUGAACAUAUGGUGAGAUCUAUUGGAAUUAAUUACCAAGAAUCAUCAAAGGAGUAUCAAUUAAUUCAUGAAGGUGUCAGUAGCUUGCAUGUAUCUGAAGAUGCCCCAGGCUCCAAUUCGCCAAGACUAGAGAAUUCUGUAGGUUUUUGUACAAACUCUGACAAUGACAAGAGCAAUGAAGCUACCUGUGAUUUUCUUGAACUUUCGGAAAGACCCACAGUACUUCCUCGUAGACGUAAACCAAGAUUUGCUAGAAGCGAUGAAAUUAUUCCAGACAAUUCUACUGAAUCUUGCUUGGAGCAACGGGAUGAUUCGAAUUCUGCUGACUGUGUGGAUCAAAAUCAGAAGCAUAGAAGCCAAUCAAAGUUCUCUGUUAGCGAAGACAAUGAAAGAGUCUCGAAAUGUGAAGCAAAAGUUAACAGUACUAUAUCAAAAAUAGAUAGCAAUUUGGCCAUAAUGCAAAUUAGAGAAACAUCUAAACAAUGUGUUACGGAAGUUAAUAUGGAGAAGACUUCUGAAGGUUCCUCUGUGUACAUUGAAAAAUCAACGUCUUUGUUUUCAUCAUCCUCGUCCUCUGCUUCAUCUCCAUCUUCAUCUUCAGCAUCAUUCCUUCGAGAGGAUAAUGUCUCACCAAUGUCCGAAAGACCUGUGAAUAAUCCACAGGACAGGAUGUGCCUAUCAGGCUUAACAAAUGACAAGAAUCUUAGAACUAAAAAUAUCAUAGGAAAUGAGAGGAAAAGAGUUACUCAAGCACAUUCUCAUGACGUUGAUGUUAAUUGCAUUAAUACAGAUCAGGAGAAGAGUGCAGAUCAAUCACAGACUAUAGAAGAAUUAUCAAGAGAUAGUGAAAUGGACGGCAACAAGGUCGACUCCGAAGAUAUAAAAUUAUUAAGUAGUAGCAGUGAGAAUAGUAACGAUACACUUCUCUCAGGCAAUAGUUGCAAGUUAUCCGAAGAAGCCAAAUUACUCAGUGAUAGCAAGAAUCUUCAAAACAAUCAGCAAAUCGAAAGCGACAAAAAGACCGGAUUUAGAAGUCGUAGCGGAAGUACCGAUACUACUGGAUCUGAGAGUGGUUCAAAUAGUUCUGGUAUACGUCGGAGCAGUCGAAUUCGUUCCAUUGGUCUGAUGAAACAAAGUCUUCGUUUCAGAUCACGCGGGCGCGGUUUGGUAACGAAACCAUCUAUAGAUUUGUCCAAGACUGUUUUCCAGCAGGAGCGUGAUAAAAACCCAAGUACUUCCAUGGGAACAUGUCAAGAAUCUAAAGACAACUCUGAUAACCAAUCAGAAACACAAUCUGAUAGAGAGAGCAAUGGUACUACUAAUAAAAAUCUGACAUCAUUCGACUCCUUGACACCACCACCUACCAUUUUGGCUAACACUGGCUAUGAUUCGGAUUCCUCGAAACCAGUCAAAGUAAAGUCCCGAUGGCGCAGAUCAAGUGAACUCGAAAUGGGCAGCUCUAGUUCAUCAGGAUCCCUAACAGCAAUUCCGUCAGGAAUCGGAACGUGCAAUUCUUUACCUGCUUUUGGGCUUAGUACAACUAUUGGAUUAUCUCCUUUGGUUGGUUCAUCGAGCACUGCUGGUUGUAUAGCUACUAGUCUCACUAGCACCGGUACUAACAGUACCACUAGUGUUGUUAGCGAGACUAUCAACAGUACUGCGGUUGCAAGCAUAAGUCUUCCAAAUCUGCUAGAAAUGGAAGCAUCUUGUGAAAGCUUAUUCACGACAGGGAAUAGCUCUGUUGCAUCGUCAAGCAUAGUGAUGUCGAAGGUCGGUACGAAGAUUCCUUUACCUAUGGUUCCUGAAAUGAAAGAUAGAGAAAUGGAAGAGAGACUAAGUCAAUUCGAACAUCUCAAGGAAAACUUAUACCUUACAGAAAGGUACACAAACAAAGAGACCAAAAGAAUGGUGUGCGAUUGCUUUUUAACAGAAGAGGAAACCAUACGCGGUGAAUUAGGCUGUGGUGAGGAUUGCCUUAACAGAUUGCUUAUGAUCGAAUGUGGACCAAGAUGCGUCGUAGGGGAUCGUUGUACAAAUAAAAGAUUUCAAAAUUGUGAAUAUGCCAAAUGUGAAGUGUUCAGAACAGAGAAAAAGGGCUUUGGACUACGCGCCGUGGGUGACAUGCUUGCAGGAGAAUUUAUAAUGGAGUACGUGGGCGAAGUUGUUGAUCCUAAAGACUUUCGACGGAGAGCAAAAGAAUAUUCAAAGGACAAGAAUAAGCAUUAUUAUUUCAUGUCGUUAAAAUCUGAUCAGAUCAUUGAUGCUACCAUGAAAGGAAACGUUUCGCGCUUCAUAAACCAUAGCUGUGAUCCAAACAGCGAAACGCAAAAGUGGACUGUAAACGGGGAACUUAGGAUAGGUUUCUUUAAUAAGAAAUUUAUCGCAGCUGGUGAAGAGAUCACGUUUGAUUAUCAUUUUCAGCGUUAUGGCAAAGAAGCACAGAAAUGUUAUUGCGAGGCGCCAAAUUGUCGAGGAUGGAUUGGCGAUACUCCGGAGGAAGAAAAGGAGAAGAUCGAGAAGAAGGAGAAGCGCGAGAAAGACGUCAGGAAGAAGAAAGAGGAGAAGAAACCUAUUGAUUACAUGGAAGAUGAAGAUUUGGAAGAAGAAAUAGAGAAACUCUGCCAGGGUGGUCUGAAAAAUCGAGCGCAAACGUUGACCCUCAGUCGACUUAUGGUUCGUAGCCGAGAACUAGAGCACAGAACACGCUUGUUACGAGUUAUACAAAGUGGAGAACAACCCUGUCGAAGGCUCUUCUUGGAUUAUCAUGGUCUGAGACUAGUAUGGAGUUACAUGAUGGAUGUAGCAUCUGAUGAUACAGAGGAAGCUCGUCAAUUCCGUUUGGAGAUUCUAAAAACGCUGAACACACUGCCUAUACCGAAUAAGACCAUGUUAAUGGAUAGUAAAGUAUACAGCGUUGUGGAAAAAUGGGCGAAUAGUCUUCAUCUUUCGCCUAAUACUGCCUCACCAGAUGACGAGCAACCUGUAAAAGUAGAUAAAAUACCUGCCGACGAGCCCGAUAGUAGCUGCGACAGUAACGAGAAAAUCCCUGUAGAUUCUCAGAGUGACAUUGCUCAAAAGGUCAUCAAAGAUACAAAUGGUAUUUUUGAUGGCAAUGCAAUCAAACAGGAAACAGUCAUUGAACAGAAUUUGAUCUCAGAAAUGGCUUCGAGUUUACUUGCUGAGUGGUCCAAUCUGAAGGAAGUUUUUCGAAUACCGAAAAAAGAACGUAUUGAGCAGAUGAAGGAGCACGAGCGAGAAGCAGAUCGUGGUUAUCGGGAAGAUCUUGACAAGGAAGAAAGAAGGGAAUCUUCUUAUGACAGGCAUAGGUCAGAUCGAUAUAGUCGAAAUGAUCCUGACAAACGUGUCGAUAGGAGACGAGGACGUGAAUCUCCGGAUUUUGAACAUUCUAGAACAAAAGAUAAGAGAACGGAUGAGAGAGUGAACCUAGUUCCGGUACCCAGAAUGACAAAGUUUGAGCGUAGACAGUUGUUCGCGUUAAAAGUCGCCAAGGAGGAAGAGGAACGACAACGUCGUCAGCAACAGGAGUCCUGGCAGGAACACGAAGCACGAUGUCUUGCUCUUGGCAUGGAUCCUCACACGACUGCCACUGUCGACCCUCAAACGGGUUAUCCACUUUUCUUCAAUCCGUCCCUAGGACAAUGGCAACCCUAUCCUAUGCAAGAUGGUGGAGAAAUUACGCAGCAAUGUACUCCUGUCUACAUGAGACCAUCUCAACCAUUGUCAAGCCACGCACAGCCUGGCAUAAUAGCUCAAAAUCAUCAUGUACUCCCCCCUGGAAUAUCCCCAGGAAUCCCAUCAGGAAUUCCACCAGGUGUACAAUCAGCUGUUUACGCCCUUAACCAAAGUAGCAGUUACAGUCAAGCGAGUGGAUCGUAUCCUGUGCUGCCUCAUCACCAUCAAUCUUAUCCGGAAGGGCAAAUCCCGCUACAGAGUAACCUGGUGCCGAUCCAUAAUGGUACUGCGCCCGUUCCAAUCUCGGCUCAAUCCUUAUACUUGGAUAAGCCUCUAGAGAGUCCAUUCCCUGCUGUAGAGCCUGUUCUCGCAUCAUCUGCCACAGCAGCAUCUACCACAACGGAACCAGCUGUUGUGCCGCCGAUGGACCUUCCGCCGAAGUGGAAGUGGACUAAGGAUGCUCGUGGCCGAGUUUAUUAUUACCACGUAAAGGAAAGGAUCUCCCAGUGGUUACCACCUCCACCAGAUCACAUUGGGGUUCAACCGGAUUCUUCUUCAAGUGAAGAAUCCAGCGAUGAUAGUAGCUCCUCGAAUGAGGAGGAGGAUGAAAUGGAGGAAGAACGUCCCGCAGAGGGUACCGAUGAUCUCAUGGAACUGGAUACUAAUACAAACUCCGUCGCUUCGACAUCCACGGCUAAUCCUAAGGAAAUUGUAGCACUGAAAAAAGCGGAAGUUGGUAUAAGUAGCGCACCUGUAUUUCCCGAAGUGAAAAAAAGAAGAGAUGGACUGGUCCAGGAAAGAAUAAUCAGUCCACGUCGAGAAGAAGAUCGGAUGGAUCAUAAAAAGUACAAGGAGAUAAAAGAUAAGCUAAGACGUCAAAAAGAGAGAGCGAAAUUAAAGGAGCAUGUUGAAAAGUUACGAAAGCAUCGACGAAACAAUAAAUUGAAAUCUCACUCAAGACAUAGUCUGAGUAAGCAACAAUCGCAAACUACUGACGCCUCGUCCACGUCGGAAAGAAAAAUUAAGGACACUUUUAGAAUAAAUAUGGCCAACGUAAUGGUCCAUUCCCUAAACCCUUAUAGGAAAAAUGACUGCAAGCAAGGAAGAAUCACGAAUAUCGAGGACUUCAAACAUCUUGCUAGGAAGUUAACACAUUUUGUCUUGGCGAAAGAAUUGAAGCAUUGCAAAAGCGUGGACGAGCUGCAGUGUAACGAAAACGUCAAGCAUAAAGCUAAAGAUUUUGUACGUAAGUAUAUGAGCAAAUUCGGGGCGGUGUAUCAGAAAUCGACGGACGAGGAUUAGUGUUAUAAUUGCUACGUAAUUUUGUAAUUUAUUACGUGUACCUAUCUCGCCUUUACUACUGUGAAUCCCGUUAAAGUAGUACUUAUUAAGUGUAGAUAAACACUCGUAACUGUAGUAACUGUAAAGAUAGAAAGAAAUGUACACGGAUACCGGCGCUGUUGAAUUGCCUGGACACGCAAAUUUGUCCAAGGGCAAUCGAUUUUUUUUAAUUCGGUGAAUUUUGUAAAAAAGAUGAAAAUGUAUUAUGCCAAUAAUGAAAAUUUCAUAACGAGUCACUUGUGGACCUUUUCAUGUUCUCUCUUUUAUAAAAACGAGACAUAGGGUCCCUGUUUGCGUCGUGACUUAGUAUAUUAAUGCUAAGCUAUUUCCAUAAAUGAGCGUUAUAGAAAUCGAUUAAACUAUUGUUGAUAAGACUAUGAAUUCACAAGAUUGUACUAUCGUAAAUAUUUGUAAAUAUGGUACGAGCAUAAGCAUGUUUAUGCCAAUUCUGAGGUGUUCGGACGUUCUUGUGAUUGUUUUAUGCGCGGUGCGAAGAUCAAAGCAGCCAGACGUCACAUAGUUACUAAUUAGUGUAGCUCUCUUAAUUAAUCAGAUGAUUGUAUCUUCGUACCACGCGAUCCUUUUCUCACAAUGUAUUUAAUCGAUGCUGCAGAGAAAAAAUCGAUUUCCCAAUGGAUAAAUAUUUCAUUAAUAAAGAUGACUCAAGUUUUAAAUUUAA